GAUGGUAGUGAGAUUUACAACAUUUUUCAAAAAUUUUCUUAAUCGCCUAUAUUGAAUAAAAUACGAAAAUGUGGUUAGAAAUAAGUAUAGCUGCUUUAAUUAUUGGCUAUAUCAUUUACAAACUGUUAACAUCUAAAUUUGAUCAUUUUGAAAAGUUGGGAAUUCCUUAUGUUAAGCCAAUAAUAUUAAUAGGAAGCAUUUAUGGAUUUGUAUUUAAAAAGGAAUCUUUUCGUGAAGAAUUUCUUAGGAAAUACAAAGAAUUUAAAGAUGAAAAAGCUUUUGGGAUAUUUGAAGGAAGUGAUCCAGUUUUGGUCAUUAACGACUUAGAAUUAUUGAAAAAAAUCACUGUCAAAGAUUUUGAAUAUUUUAAAAAUCAUAAAUCAUUUACCGAUGCCGAAGAUGAUCCACUUUUCGGAAAUUCAUUAUUACAAUUGAAUGAUGAUAAAUGGCAUGAUAUGAGAACAACUUUAAGUCCAGUAUUUACAGGAAGGAAAAUGCGUUUAAUGUUUCAACUUAUAUUGGAUAUAUGUGAAAGAGCCGUCAAAUUUUUGGAUAUUAAUAUAAAAAAUAAAUCAAAUUCAAAUGAAGGUGUUGAUUUCGAAAUGAAAGAUUUUUUUACAUUAUAUACAAAUGAUGCUAUUGCAUCGACAGCAUUUGGUUUAGAUGUUAAUUCUUUAGAAGAUAAUAAUAAUCAAUUUUAUAGGAUGGGAAAACAAAUGAUAUCAUUUCCUUUAACAGAAAUGUUAAAAUUUCUUUUAUAUAAUACAUUUAAAAAAAUUUUCCGGUUCUGUGGAAUUAAGAUGUCCAGAAAUACUUUUAAUAAUUAUUUUUAUAAAUUGGUAGUUGAUGCAAUGAAAUAUCGUAAAGAAAAUAAUAUUGUACGCCAGGAUAUGAUUCAUAUGUUAAUGGAAGCUCAAUCAAAUCCAGAUAAAUCACAUGAUCGUAAAUGGACAAAUGAAGAAUUAGUUGCACAAUGUUUUAUUUUCUUAUUUGCUGGUUUAGAAUCAGUUUCGACAACACUUUGCUUUGCUACACAAGAAUUAAUUGAAAAUCAAGAUGUACAAGAAAAAUUACGUCAAGAAAUUGAUUUGGUAAAUGAAAAAUUAAAUGGUGGUCCAUUAACAUACGAAAUAUUAAAUGAAAUGAAAUAUAUGGAUAUGUUUAUGUCAGAAGUUUUAAGAAUAUGGCCACCAUUUAUUCAAACUGAUCGCAUAUGUACAAAACCAUAUAAAAUUGAUGAAGAUAAUUUAAAAGUAAAUUUAGAAGUUAAUGAUAUUGUUUGGAUACCAAUAGUUGGUUUACAUUUAAAUGAAGAACAUUUUUCAAAUCCAUUAAAAUUUGAUCCAGAAAGAUUUAAUGAUGAAAAUAAAUCGAAUAUUAAACAAAUGUCUUAUGUGCCAUUUGGUUACGGACCUAGAAUAUGCAUUGGAUCAAGAUUAGCUUUAUUGGAAUGUAAAGCAAUUUUAUUUUAUAUUCUAAAAUCUUUUAAACUUGAUGUAUCAGUGAAGACUAAUAUACCUGUUAAAUUGGCACCAGUUGGUUUUCCAGUUUUAGUUCAAGAUGGAUUUUGGUUAAAAAUGAUACCAAGAAAAAGAAAACAAAAAAUGUUGUUGGAAAUAAGUAUCGCAAUCGCUAUCAUCAGUUUUCUGAGUUAUAAAUGGUUAACUGCUAAGUUUGAUCAUUUUGAAAAACUCGGUAUACCGUACGUAAAGCCGGUGGUAUUACUUGGAAGCUUUACUGGAAUGGUGUUUAAAAGAGAAUCAUUUAGGGAAGAGUUCCUGAGGAAAUAUGAGCCUUUUAAAAAUGAAAAAAUUUACGGUGUAUUUGAGGGAAGAGACCCAAUGUACGUAGUUAACGAUUUAGAAUUAUUAAAAAAAAUUACCAUCAAAGAUUUUGAGCAUUUUAGAAACCAUAAAGGUUUUGUUGAAGCUGAAGAUGAUCCCCUUUUUGGCCAUUCUUUGUUUUCGAUGAAAGAUGAUAAAUGGCAUGAUAUGAGGACAACUUUAAGUCCGGCAUUUACAGGAAGGAAAAUGCGUUUAAUGCUUCAACUCAUAUUGGAAACAUGUGAAAAAGCUGUAAAACAUUUAGAAAGUAAUAUUAAAAGCAAACCAAAUCCGAAAGACGGUAUUGAGUUCGAAAUGAAAGAGUUUUUUUCACGAUUUACAAAUGAUGCAAUUGCAUCGGUGGCAUUUGGUUUAGAAGUUAAUUCAUUAGAAGAUGAGAAUAAUCAAUUUUAUGAAAAGAGCAAAAAGAUAGCAUCAAUAUCAGCAAUUGAAAUGAUAAAACUCGUGCUAUACAAUAUGAUGAAAAAAGUUUUUCGGCUUUUCAAGAUUAAAAUGCUAAAUGAGGAAUUUAAUAAUUAUUUUUAUAGAUUAGUUGUCGAUGCAAUGAAAUAUCGAAAAGAAAAUAAUAUUAUAAGAAAUGAUAUGAUUAAUAUGUUAAUGGAAGCUCAAUUAAAUCCAGAAAAAUCUCAUGAUCGUGAAUGGACAAAUGAAGAAUUAGUUGCACAAUGUUUUAUUUUCUUAUUUGCUGGGUUAGAAUCAGUUUCGACAACAUUAUGUUUUGCAACACAAGAAUUAAUUGAAAAUCUGGAUAUACAGCAAAGGUUAAGAGAAGAAAUUGAUUUAGUUAAUGAAAAAUUAAAUGGUGGUCCAUUAACUUAUGAAACAUUAAAAGAAAUGAAAUAUAUGGAAAUGGUACUUUCAGAAGUAUUAAGAAAAUGGUCACCAUCUAUAAUUUCUGAUCGUAUAUGUACAAAAGAAUAUAAAAUUGAUGAAGAUGAUAUUAAAUUGAAUUUAAAUGUUGGUGAUGCAAUAUGGUUACCAGUUGUAGGAUUACAUUUAAAUGAUCAACAUUUUCCGGAACCAUAUAAAUUUGAUCCAGAACGAUUUAGUGAGGAGAAUAAAGGAAAUAUAAAACCAAUGUCUUAUGCACCAUUUGGAUUUGGUCCUCGAGGAUGCAUUGCAUCAAGAUUGGCAUUGAUGGAAUGUAAAGCAAUUCUAUUUUAUAUUUUAACAAAUUUUGAGCUUUGUGUUAGUAAGAAAACGAAAAUUCCUGUUGAAUUAGAAUCAGUCAGCUUUACUGUAUCAGCAAAAGGUGGAUUUUGGUUGAAAAUGAUACCAAGAAAAUGAAAA